UUAAAUGAAAUAGUGGACUUUGGUACAUCGAUUAUUCGAGCAUAAUAUUGUAUUGAUUGUAAAUUGAGUUUUACGAUAAUAAAUUAUUAAUAUUGAUCUAUAACAUUCAUGGUCGCCACUCGCAGUCACCCGUCAAUGUCAAACGAACAUAUUAUGAUCUCUUACAAGUCUGUCCUAACGCUUCGUCAACGAUGAAACUCUUUUUAACUGGCGCAUCAGGCUUGUUGGGUAGGUCUAUUUACGAACGUUUUCUGAACGAACCGGAUUGGACUGUGUGCGGGAUUUCGUUCAAAAGAACACGUCCCGGGUUGACUAAACUGAACCUACUUGAUAAAGAUGCAGUCACUAACCUCCUUAAUACCAUUUGCCCUGAUGUAAUUGUUCACUGUGCUGCAGAACGGUUUCCAGAUAAAGUAGAAAAUGACCCUCAAGCUGCUUAUGAUCUGAAUGUUGGAGUAUCAGCUCAUCUUGCUGAUGUAGCAAAAAAUCUCAAUGUGCCAUUAUUGUAUAUCAGUACAGAUUAUGUGUUUGAUGGAGACAAAAGUCCUUAUAAAGAAACUGAUGAACCUACUCCUAUAAAUGAAUAUGGAAGAUUGAAGUUACUCGGUGAAAAAGCAGUCCUUGCUGCUAAUCUAAAUAAUAUUAUUCUCCGGAUUCCAGUACUUUAUGGACCAGUUGAAAGUUUAGAAGAAAGUGCAAUUACUUAUUUGUUCAUUGGAUUAAAAAAGUGUCAAAAUAAUAAUGAAUUAUUUAAAGUCUCCAAUUAUGAACUUCGUAAUCCAUCAAGUGUUAAUGAUAUAGCACACAUUGUGUUUCAUUUAGUAGGAAAAAAAAUUGUAUCUAGUAAUGAUAUCAGUGGAAUUUAUCAGUGGUGUGGAAAAGAAAUGUAUACAAAGUAUGAUAUGGUGGCUAAAAUAGCUAAGAAUUUUAACAUGAGUAUGAAGCAAGUAGUUCCAGUAAAUGGGCAAGGUGGAGUAAAACGCCCAUUUAAUACUUUAUUAGAUGUAUCACGUUUAAAUCAAUUGGGAAUUGGAACACAUACUAAUUUUGAAGAUGGAAUAAAAACUGUAUUAGCUAGUUGGAAUUAGUUUUUUUAUAAUAACUAAAUGUAAAAUAAAAUAAAAUGCAUUUAAUCUAAACUA